AUGACUGAAAACGAUCCUGUUAAAAUAGCAAAAUGUUUUAUAGAUAGCAAUGAUGGUUUUGAAGUAUACACCAAAUACUGCACGAAUUAUCCACAAGCCAUAGCAUUAUUAACAGAAUUACUCCAAUCUAUGGAUACUGCAAGUUUACUAAGGAAUACCCAAAGUUCUUUAGGUCAUAAUUUGCCUUUGGGAUCUUUUUUGUUAAAACCUGUGCAAAGGAUUAUGAAAUAUCACUUACUUUUGCAGAAUUUGUACAAACAUUAUGAAAAUAUUCACAUAGAAAAGGCUUCUAAACUUAUGACUGAUGUUGCACAUCACAUUGAUGAAGUUAAAAGGCAUUUAGAACAACAAUCACGAGUUCAAGAGUUAGAAGGUAGUUUAGACGGCUGGCUGGGACCAAGUCUGACUGUUUUGGGCGAAUUAUGUCUUGAAGGCACUUUGCAAGAAAGAAAUCACAAAAGUCGACAAGUGUUUUUAUUUGAAAAGAUGUUACUCAUCACAAAACGUAAAGAGGAUGGUAGAUUAGCAUACAAAAGUCAUAUCAUGUGUUCUAAUCUGAUGUUAGUAGAAGUAAUUCAAGGUGAACCGACAAGUUUUCAUGUGAUACCAUAUGAUAAUCCAAGGAACCAAAUCACUUUACAAGCACGUUCGGUACAACAAAAGAAACAAUGGGGCCUACAAUUAAAACGCUUGAUGUUGGAACAAUUUAAUGGGAAGAUUCCUACAAGGGCAAAAGACUUGGUUUUGGGUAUCGAUGCCGAAGAAAGCUUGGUUGCUUUGCCUGGUGUCAAACCCGAUUCGACUCCUGAUUAUUUACAAAGAAGACACGAAAGACGCCGUACCGAAAUGUCUAUGCGUCGUUUGAACAAAAACAGGAAAUUUAUUAUACCGACGAACCUGAGCAACGAUCAACCUGUAGCAUCACCUGAGGGUAACCUGAGUAAAUUAAAACCUGAUACUGCACAGAAGCCGGAGGCUGCAAGGUGUAGAUCAGAACCAGGUAUACCUUCGGAAUUUUAUGAAACAACAAUUACGGAUUCUGUUCCUAGGAUUCCCAGGCCGCCUAUAAGUCGUUUGAGAUCAAACACAAAUAACUCCAAGAGUCUUUUACUACGCAUAGGCGAACGCUUCGCAAAUUUAGACUACGCCGAUCCAACAAUAUUAUUCCAAAAAUCAAAAACUACACAAAAUUGCGAUUCAUCUACUCAACUAUCUUCUCCUAGUCAUGUUGCACAAAGCUGUGCAAUAAACAAUGAUUUUUAUGAAAAAUCUGUAGAGUACUCGCUAGAAAGCGAUUUCUUUCGCGAUAGCGCGAUUUAUAGCGAUGAUAAUAACCCUUAUAACAAAACUGAUGAUGUUGAUGCAAAAUCUGAUUCUUUGAAUAGUAAUGAUUCACCGGUGAAUAAUAGUGAAUCGCCUGUGAAUAAUAGUGAAUCGCCUGUGAAUAACGAUUGUGAUUCGCCGAGUAAAG